AUGUUCCCCCCGGCCGCUGCUGCGGGCGGCGUCGGCGCAAACAGCAGCAGCAGCAGCAGCAGCAGCGGGCGGCACUUUGUGAAUCCGCUGGCGUUUCUGCGGGCGGCGUACGAAGACGGCCCCGAGGGCUGCGAGCUGCAGCAAGUGGGGGGCGAGGAGCGGCUGGUGCUGCUGCAGCGGAACUGCUACAUCAGUGCAGCAGCAGCUUCGGGGCUGGAGAGCCGCAAGCGAGAGGCCUACACUGUUGCGGACUUGUGGCUGCUGCUGUCGACUCCGAAGGACUCUUACAACUAUGUGGCGAUAACGGAGAAGGGCCACAAGUACAUAAACGUGUUGGAGCGGGCCAAGAUCCAAAGCGCGAUAGCUGCGCCCUUGCCCCGUGCUGCUGCUGCAGCAGACGCUGCUGCUGCUGCUGCUGCUGCCGCGCGCCCCGGCACCCACCCGCCCUCCGCUGCUGCUGCUGCUGCUAGCGCCCAGGAAACUGCUGCAGCAGAAGCAGCAGCGCUCCUCGCUGCGCGCAAGCAGGAGGUCUUUGCUGUUGACCCGCUGCUGCCGGUGCGAGUGCCUGGAGAAGACGAUGCCCGGGGCGCCCAGGCAGCAGCAGCAGCAGCUGCUGCUGCUGCAGCACAGCAAAUCAAGUGCCACUGGCCGCUGCCCCAGUGGUUCGAGGGAGAGCCAGACCUGCCGCUGUGGGGCGCCCUCGAGGACGAAGCCGCAGCAGCAGAGUCCUCCUCCACCAGCUCCAGCAGCAGCAAGAGCAGCAGCAGCAGCAGCAGCAGCAACGUGAGUCUGCUGCGGCUGCAGCGACCGCUGCACCCGCGUGCUGCUGGUGUGCUGAUUCGCGGCGUCUCUUUUGCUGAAAUUUUGGGAGAUUUGGCAGCUAUUGAAAAAGCCCGGCGGGCCAAGAGGCCCCUCGAUGCAUUUUGUUUCAAGACCUUCACCCCCUACAAGCCUGCUGCUGCUGCUGCUGCUGCUGCUGGCACUACUGCUGCAGCAGCAGCGGAACCCGCAGCAGCAGCGACGGCCGCGAGGCCGCAGCAGCAAAGAAAACUCGGGCCAACGGCACUCAUGGGGGCGCCCAGAGCCCCACCAUCAACGCCGCGCUUCUGCGUGCUUGAUGAGGUGUGCGUACACCUGAAGCGGCGGCCGCUGCUGCUGCUGCCCUCCUUAGCAGCAGCAGGUUCUGGCUGUCUGCUGACGAAAGACAAUGCCAAGGCUUUCUUGGAGGGAGGGGCAUUUGUUGACCCCAGACAGGCCCACAGAGAAGCAGCAGCAGCCGGCUUUCCAACCCCUGCGGAAGGCCUUUCGAUUCGGCGGCGCAUCCGCAACCGCGAGUACACCUUCAAGGCCAUGGAGUGUACGUACACCCCAAAGUUCACCCCUCAAGACUGGGCAGCAGUUGUGGGCGUCUUUUUGGGCGGCGGCAGCGCAGAAAAAACCAAAUGGCAAUUCAAUGGCUGGCCCUUCAGGGGCUGGGUCGAGCUGUUCCAGUCCUACAGGGGAGCUUUGUUUGCUUACGACGAAGACGCCAUCCCACCAGAGGUUCUCCAGUGGAAUGUUCGAGUGUUUCGUCUCUCCCGCAGCCAUCGUUACAACGACGCAGCAGCAGCAAAUGACUACUGGCGGUUUCUUGAGGAUUUUCUUUUGUCCCCGCGGCAGUUACAAAUCAGCAGCAGCAAGAAGAUAUGCGUCUCAGGCAGUUGA